UAUAUAUCGACGCGAGCGAAUAAACACGCUGUUGUGUGUCGCAUGCAACGUAUUCCCGAAGAUGAACCGACCACAUCCACGCGAGUGUCUAAUAAUACGCAAAUGCGAGGGAAAUCGAUUCGGACGUUGGAAGAACGGGACGAGGACGAGAAUGACAACACCUGUUGUCACCGGGCGACCUUUUGCAACCCGGUCCUGCGAGAGAUUAUCGUGACCGACGCGAUUUCCACGUGUUACGAGCUUCGAGUGACGUGGGCGGAUCUUUUCUGGCUCGCGACCGUGACCGGCAUGACCCUGCUGGCCUGGACCGUUUUGUAUUUCCUGCUGGGCGACCCGGUUAUGCCCGGCGGCGCCGUCUUCGGCUUCUUUAUCCUCGUCGUGUCCUCCUACGCGCUCGGCUGGUCCCUCACGUACAUUCCGCGUCUGCAUAUCCCGCCCAUCUUCGGCAUGUUACUCGCCGGUAUAAUAAUGCGCAACACCGACGUCUACAACAUACAAGACCAGCUCGGAUCGGACUCGGCCUCGAUGAUCCGGAUCUUCUGCGUGACCUUUAUCAUGGUGCGUGCCGGAUUGCAACUGACCACGACCGUUCUGCGGGCGCAUCCGGCGUUCGUGAUGAUCCUCGCCAUCGUUCCGUGCACCGUCGAGAUGCUGACGGUCACCGUGUCGUGCAGAUAUCUCCUCGGCUAUCCGUGGGACUGGUCUUUCAUGACUGGGACGAUCGUUGCGUGCAUGUCCCCCGUAGUGACGGUCGGGUGCAUGCUCAUCCUGGCCGAGAGCGGUUACGGAGAAGACAAGGAGUUAACCAGCUUGUUGAGCACGGCUACGUGCAUCGAUACCGUUCACGUCGUGUCUCUGUUCGCCAUCUGCGUCUCGGUUGUUUUUAGCAACGAUGACGGGAGAACAGAAUGGUGGUCCUACGUCCCCGGCGGGAUUCGAGAUUUCCUCCUGGGACUUAUAGCGGGAAUAAUCUUGGGCUUCGCCCUGGCCUUUUUCCCACAUCGCAAUCACACAACACCGUUUCACAAGACGUUUUACUUUCUGUGGCACGUAGUGCAGCCGAUUUUGGGAGGUGUGAUCGGCGCAAAUUGCGACUUUCGAAAUUGGGCCGCGUCGAGAUUCGGACUUUACCUCGCCUGUGUACUCGCGGCAAUAUCAGUGCGCGGCGCGGCCACCUUUUUGACGACAGUCAGAACGUCCUUCACGUGGAAGGAGCGACUGUUCGUUGCGAUAGCUUGGAUGCCAAAGGGAAGCCUACAGGUAAAAAAACACGCAUUGUGUCUUUCUCGCGUUAAUUUUUCGGCCGCUAAAAUAUCAAUCAAUCUCUACGUAAUAAACGUUGUGAAAAAAAAAGGCGGCGUUAGCGCCGAUAGCGUUCGAGCGCGCAAGCAAGGAAGACGACCCGGCGAAAAUCGAAUUAGCCCUCGACGUGGUGAGGUUGUCCAUAAUCGUCAUAGUGAUCCUCGCCCCGCUCGGCGCGUUCGCCAUGAUGACCAGCGGACCUCUUCUGCUGAACAAGAUCAGCAUCGAGGAGUACAAGAGGGAUCGUUUGUUGAGCUGGGCGCCCGUCGUCGCUCCACAGUUCCGACGAAACAGAAAAUCGGAAAGUUCAACCGACGAGAUUCUCUCGACGGAAUCGGUUUUGUAGACGCGUUUCUCAAUCGCGCGAUCGCUUCGUUUCCCGCCAAUAAAAUGAAUCUCACAGUGAAAUACAAAUAAUAAACAAAUGUUACUUUUUACA